GGAAAGGAAAAAAAUGCCUAGGUAUGAUGAUCGCCGUGGUGGCACUCGCCUUUAUGUUGGUCACUUGUCCUCAAGAACAAGAUCACGUGAUCUAGAGGACAUGUUUAGCCGAUAUGGGAGGUCCCUUGGCUUUUGCCAUAACCUGGAGGUCUAUGGUGAGAGGGUGACCUUGGUGGAUUUGGCGAGUCUUUCUAUAGUGUUAUUGCGUGUUUUUAUCGAAAUGGCAACAAUCUCAAAAGUGGGUGUUUUUGGUUCAUCUGUGAGGGGCGAACUAUCAACCCUUCGAUAAUUGUGUCAUGAUGGCCUUACUGUUUGUGGCACCCGUUUGCGCAGAGUACGUGAUGUGGAUAUGAAGCGAGACUAUGCAUUCGUCGAAUUCAGUGACCCUAGAGAUGCUGAUGAUGCAAGAUAUUCAUUGAAUGGUCGAGACCUAGAUGGAAGCCGUAUCAUUGUGGAAUUUGCCAAGGGAGUGCCCCAUGGCCCUGGUGGAUCUCGUGAUCAUGCUGGAAGAGGUCCUACUCCUGGCUCUGGCCGCUGCUUCAAUUGUGGAAUUGAUGGUCAUUGGGCUCGUGAUUGCAAAGCCGGGGAUUGGAAGAAUAAGUGUUAUCGCUGUGGGGAACGAGGCCACAUAGAAAGAGAUUGUCAAAAUAGUCCAAAGAAGCUGAGCCGUAGACCGCGUAGUUACUCACGAUCGCCUAGUCCUCGACGCGGUCGAAGCAGAAGCCGCAGUUACAGCCGGGGCCGUAGUGACAGUAGGUCAAGAUCACCUGUGAAGCGAGAAAGGAGUUUCGAGCGUGAUGAUAGAAGAUCAAGGAGUCCCAAGAGCCACAGGCGGUCUCCGUCCCCAACCCGAGGGAGGAAGCAGAGUCCAGCGCGCGGUGAAAGAAUCCCCUCCCCAGCCCGAGGGAGGAAGCAGAGUCCACCUCUCGAUGAAAGAAGUCCACAAGAGAGGCGUAGCCCAUCCCCAAGGGAUCACGGACAUGCCAAUGGUUCGGAUUACAGUGCGAGUCCCAGGGGACGGAGCAGAACUUCAGAUCGUGAAGCUGAUGCCGAGGACAGGCCAUAUAGGUCCACAAAGGAAAAUGGCCGCAGCCCCAGCCCCAGCCCCAGCCCACCCCCUAGGGAGGACCGAAGCCCGAUUUACAAUGAUGAAGACGACGAUAAUCAUGCUUCUCCGAGACGAAGCGAGUCAAAUUAAGCUGCAGUGGUUUGAAUGGUAGGACUUGGUUACAAUCUGUGUUUGCUAGAACUUUUGAGAACUUAAUAUAUAUUUUGAUGGAUAAGUUGUGUUAUGAAAGAUUAAGCACUUUUAAGAUUAAUUGAAGUCUAUUUCUGUAAAUGACCUCUUUUA